AUGCUAACGUUAAUCCUUAAUCCAAUACAUUCAAACGCGGUUCAAACAAAACGUGUCAACGACAAAAUUAUCAAAAAACUUCCGGAAACACAAGAGUUAAUCCUCGAGCCAGCCUUGCCACACAUAUGUCUCAAAGUCAGGACAGCAAAAUGGAGGCUUUCCGACUUCAGCCCCGGAAAUGUAAUUCAAACACCCACUGCUUUCCCGUUUCAAUAAUAAAAAAUAGAAUAAUACAAAAAAUGCAAAUUGGAGUAACAAGGGUUCCGCAAACAGUUGCACCCUGCUUUCUUAACAAAACCUAUAUCAUUUGAAAGAGCAUUAAAAAAAGUGCACAGCGCAAAAAAGUUGCCUAAUAUACGUUUUGGGCAAAGUUAAAAUACAGAUUUUAGCCUACUUUCCGCAGUCACUUUAUAAGUGCUUGGAAUUGCGGCAGAGUUGUGUAAAAUUUGAAAGUGAAGCAAUGUGGCCAAACUGAAAAAGGUUGUGGCUGUGCAAGUUGUGUGUCUGUUGGAUUGUUGCGCAGUACUGCUCAAAGAAUAUGUUUUUAGUUUUCGAUUUUGAGAUCUUCGUUUGUGAAUGACAACGACGAUCAUAUAAAUCUAUUCCCAAAGCUUUUUGCUCCAAAUUUCCCAUUAACCUAGUUUUAUUUAUAUACAAUCUUUUGUAACUACCAGUAAUGUUUAAUAACUCAUAACCCGGGAUUGGUAAGGCCAUAAAACGUACGUCACAGACGUUUUGGGAUACAAAAAAAUUCAUGGAGACGAUUUCGAGCCGCCAGAAUUACUGUAAUAUAAGACAACGGCGUUAUAACCCUUUUUCAUAAAAUGACCAUAACUUCGCCCAAGAAUAAAUUGGGCAGCUAUUUUUUUGCGUUGUACGCUAUUUUUAAUGCUCUUUCAAAUGAUAUAUGUUUCUUUAAGAAAGUAGGGUGCAACUAUUUGCCGAUCCCUUGUAAAAUGUAAACUUUAACGUUAUACAUCCAACCCCAUGAGUUUUAGAUCAAUCCGCCAACGUUGUAGAUAAAACCCUUACCUUUUAUUCUUGUGCUUCAGGCAACGCUGAUCGUAGCCGAGAAAACCCAAUCCCGAGUCGGCACGGCAUUCAUCAGGGAUGGUGGUGCUUUCAGGAAGAAUGAAACAGAUUGGAUGAGGGGGUUGUAAUGGGUCAUGGGGAUCUGAACUGGACUGGGGGGUUUGUACUACAUUAGCCCGCAAAAUGAAUGCAAAUCCGUGAAAUUUAUGCGAAUUUACUUUGUAUAUAAGCUCGGCCACAUUCCAUUGAAACCAACAAUUCUUCGACCUCGCAGCCGAAGAAGCGCAUUCAAAAUGCACAAGCUCUCCCUUGUGUUUCUAGCCCUCCUUGUGGGCGCAGCUAUCGGAAAUUACUGUAACUCCGGUGGAGACUUCCCCGGGGGCUGCAAGGACCGUCAAUCAAACCGAGACUGUCUUUUAGCCGGUGGAGAAUCCAGCGAAUCUCACGAAUUCAAGACCACCCUCUCCGUCGUCACCACCACCGACGUCACCAUCCAAUCACCCACCUAUGGACAAUGUUCCUGCACUUGUGAAAGCUCUGGCUCCGGCUAUGGCUCCGGAUCUGGUGGAAGCUCUGGCUCCGGCUCUGGCUCCGGUUCCGGAUCGGGCGGAAGCUCUGGCUCCGGAUCUGGUGGAAGCUCUGGCUCCGGAUCUGGUGGAAGCUCUGGCUCUGGCUCCGGUUCAGGUGGAAGCUCUGGCUCUGGCGGAAGCUCUGGCUCCGGCUCUGGCUCCGGAUCUGGUGGAAGCUCUGGCUCUGGCUCCGGAUCUGGUGGAAGCUCUGGCUCCGGAUCUGGUGAAAGCUCUGGCUCCGGAUCUGGUGGAAGCUCUGGCUCUGGCGGAAGCUCUGGCUCCGGCUCUGGCUCCGGAUCUGGUGGAAGCUCUGGCUCUGGCUCCGGAUCUGGUGGAAGCUCUGGCUCCGGAUCUGGUGAAAGUUCUGGCUCUGGAUCUGGUGGAAGCUCUGGCUCUGGCUCCGGAUCUGGUGAAAGCUCUGGCUCCGGAUCUGGUGGAAGCUCUGGCUCUGGCUCCGGAUCUGGUGAAAGCUCUGGCUCCGGAUCUGGUGGAAGCUCUGGCUCUGGCUCCGGAUCUGGUGGAAGCUCUGGCUCCGGAUCUGGUGGAAGUUCUGGCUCUGGCUCCGGAUCUGGUGGAAGUUCUGGCUCUGGCUCCGGAUCUGGUGGAAGCUCUGGCUCUGGAUCUGGUGGAAGUUCUGGCUCUGGCUCCGGAUCUGGUGGAAGUUCUGGCUCUGGCUCCGGAUCUGGUGGAAGUUCUGGCUCUGGCUCCGGAUCUGGUGGAAGUUCUGGCUCUGGCUCCGGAUCUGGUGGAAGUUCUGGCUCUGGCUCCGGAUCUGGUGGAAGCUCUGGCUCUGGAUCUGGUGGAAGUUCUGGCUCUGGCUCCGGCUCUGGCUCCGGAUCUGGUGGAAGUUCUGGCUCUGGCUCCGGAUCUGGCUCCGGAUCUGGUGGAAGUUCUGGCUCUGGCUCCGGCUCUGGUGGAAGCUCUGGCUCCGGAUCUGGCGGAAGUUCUGGCUCCGGCUCCGGAUCUGGUGGAAGCUCUGGCUCCGGAUCUGGUGGAAGCUCUGGCUCCGGUUCUGGAUCUGGCGGAAGUUCUGGUUCUGGCUCCGGAUCUGGUGGAAACUCUGGCUCUGGAUCGGGAGAAGGUUCCGGAUCUGGUGCAGGAGGAAGCUUUGGAUACGACGACUACUGUCUCCUGCUCCAAUACUUCUACAACAUCAGUAUCGAAAUCGAGGACGUUGAGAUCCGCCAAGAAUGGAUCCUGUUCAUCGAAGAGCUCCAACUCACCGUCAUCUUCGACGACACCCUCACCAUCGACGAGAAGCUCGUUCUCAUCUACACCAAGCUCGAAGCUUUCCUUGAGAUCCAUGUUGAGAUCCAAGAGCUCGUCUACUACACCUACAUUGAAGAAUGGAGCGGAUACGUUUUCGAUCUUGAAGCUGUUGUUCUCUUCAUCCAAUACCAGUACACCUCUACCAUCGUCGAACUGGACGCCUCCGGCUCCUGCAUCUUGUUCGAGGCCCUCCGCAACUGCACUGCCGUCGACGCUGAAUUUUCUGCCAGAAUCGAGGUUCUGAUUGAGGAAUUGACCGUCAUUCUUGAGUCCACCAGCUACACCUACAGCUACCAAUUGGUGUUGAUCUACGAGAAAAUCGAAGCCUUCUUUGCUGAAUACAGCGAAUACAAGGCUGCCAUCUUGGCCAUCAAAAUUGAAGGUUACGGAUCUUUCGCUUCCUUCUAUGAAGUCAUCGUCAACGUAAGUCACACAAUCACUUAUCAUCCAUUUUUUUAGUACUGGCGUGUGGCCAACUACGAGGUCGUGGUUGGAGGUUCCGCUUCCAGCUGUGCUCUGAUCGAGGUCCUCACUGAGUGCUACGAGAACACCUCCAGCGGAUCCAUCUCUCAACGCUCUCAGAUCAAGCAAUUGGUCGAGAAACUCACCGCCUACUUCGAAUCUGAAGUCUCCGUCGAACUCCGUGUCUCUUACUUCGCCGAACAGAGCUACCAAUUCCUGAUCCUGAACGAGUGGUCUCUGGAAUUGCUGUUCUCGCUUGAGAUUGACGGUUUCGGAUCCAUCUACGAGUUGAUCCUUGCCUUCUCUUUCGUAAGGACUAUCUGAGGGUAUUUCAUUCAUAUUUUUAGGAAACAGACUGCGGCGGCUUUGACUUUGGCUCUCAAACCACCACUCCCGCCAUCGAGUCCACCACCAAGGCUGUUGAGAGCACCACCCACGCCACCGGCGAUUGCUCUGUCGUUUUUGAUAUCAUCAAGUUCCAGAACAACAUCACCGACCUCUCCUGGUCCAUCGACCAAGCUCAACUGAGCUGGAAUCAGACUGAGAUCACCAGAUUCUCCGCCUACGAAAAGAGAAUCUAUACCGUCACCUCCAACACGACAGCCACUGCGGAGCAAAUCUUUGAGAAUGUCGUCAACGUCUUCAAUGUCUGGACUAAGGACCAAUUCUACUUGAGCCUGACCUAUGACAUCGUCAUCCAAAUCUAUCACGAGACCGCUGAGCAAUUCACUUGGGGUACUGUCAAACAGUUCUGCGGUUGUGCCUAA